GUGUUGCGGAAAUAUUUAAACAUUUUCAAUAUUACCUCGCGUUAUGUAAGGGACAUAAUAAUUUCCGUCCACUUGAAACUGAUUAUACCAAUAUAUCAAAACGAAGAUGGAUUUUAAAAGAGAAGGUCUUGACUACAUAUAUGCUGGGUGCUAUGGCAGAUAUAGGCCAAAAAUAUUCUCUCCAUACUUUUAUAAAAAUUCAAGCCUGAAUAUGUCUCCAUUUGUUUGUAUGAGACACUGCCAAACAACAUUGUCGAUUCAAGAGUUCGGGAUAACGGGUGGUGACGUAUGCAGUUGUGGAGAUAAGGAUUAUAUCCCUUUUUGGAACCUCGCCGAUAGAACUAGACUACCUGUCAAAUUGAACGACAAAGAGUGUGAUAUAUACUGUUCAAGUGAUAAAGUUUACACGUGUGGUGGGAAUUUCACGUUCUCUGUCUACAACAUUGUAACAAACAUAACAAAAUCCACAGUGCCUCCAUCCCACCCAGUAACACCACAUUCUGAACGAAACAGUAAUUAUGCUGGUGGCAUUGCUGGUGUUGCAGUAGGCUUGACUUUAUUGCUGAUGCUAGCAAUACUAGUCGUAUUGAUAAGAAAACGGUCUAAGUCAAAUGCAAAACGAUCCGUGCAAUCUUGUUCAAACACGAAUGAGUCGGUGAGAUAUGACAACGUCCCACAAUCUACACCAGGCGUUAACGGUCCUUAUGCAACACUGACCGUAGCCAGUGAUGGUCAGACAUAUGAUGAUCUAAUGCCGACAGAAGAAACGUAUGAAAAUACCAUAACAAUUGCCACAAACCUUAAAGAGUCGACACAAGACACAAAACACAAGCAAAGAAAGAAGAAAAGGACAAACUGAUGAAGUCAUCAAAUUGGUAACGUUCGUUGCUUUGGUUGGAACCAGCGACUGAUAUUUUCCCAAGAAAAUUUGUUUGUGACGUUUACAACUUUAUAAUUGUUUAAUGAUCCAUUGAUUUUUUUUAGACUGCAUUUACAAACUCGCAGAGGAAAUGUUAAUUUUUUGGUAAACAUAGAUCGCAAAAAUAAAUAUGAACAAUGUA